AUGGCCAGGGCCAAGAAAGCGCGAACUCAGGGCCCGGUUGCUGGUGGCCGUCAUGGAAAGGGCCGCAAAAUGCACACCUUUCUCAAGCUAUCUACCACCACUACCAGCAAAAACAGCAGCACUAUUCCGUCAAAGCAGGUCACCAGCAACGGUAGCAAUCAAGCAGGAAAACACUCGUCGCAACAACAGCGACAACAACAACAGCGGCCGAUUAUCCCUUUUGGUAGGAAAGACCAUAUUUUGUUGAUUGGUGAAGGCGACUUUUCUUUUGCACGCUCUUUGGUCGUCCAUCAUCGUUGCAGAAAUGUCUUAGCCACCUGCUAUGACUCCAAGGAGAUACUCUGCAGCAAAUACCCCCAGGCAGAGCACACGGUUCGUGAGAUUGUUGAUGCAUUUCCCGAGCAAAAUAAACACGACGCCGAUGCCUUGAAAAACGACGGCCAGAGUGGUCAGGAAAUUCUUAGGGAGGCAAGGGCUAGGGUUAUCAGGAAUACCAUAGUGACUAACGGAAUGGAAAGGGGAGCACGAAGCGAUGUACAGAGGCGCCAUGGGCCCAAUGUUCUUUUCUCGGUUGAUGCUCGAAAGCUUGGGUUUGCUGCUGGGGGCGGGAAGGAAGUCCGUCUGGGCUUCCCUCGGCGGGAGCGCAAACUUCCCGGCUGGCUAAAGAUGAAAAAAAAGGAUUCGCUAUCCUCUACUCCGAAGGGCGGACCUUGGGACAUCAUUUGCUUUAAUUUCCCUCACGUCGGGGGGCUGUCCACAGACGUGAAUCGGCAGGUCCGCGCUAAUCAAGAGCUUCUGGUGGCCUUCUUCGAAGCCUGCGUCCCAUUGCUGUCGGCACAUUCUCAAGUGGACGAUGAAGAUGAGUGGGAAUACAGCACUGAUGAUAGAUCCGACCUAGACGAGGAUGCCCUUUUAGGAGACGCCCAGUUUCCAGCAAAGAGUGAAGUUAGGUCCGAGUCCGGGCAAAUCUUAGUGACCUUGUUCGAGGGAGAGCCUUAUACCCUCUGGAACAUCAGGGACUUGGCACGACAUGCCGGUCUGCGAGUGGUUACGAGCUUUAAAUUUCCAUGGGCCUCGUACAAAGGAUACUCACAUGCGCGGACCCUAGGAGAUGUGGAAGGGAAACACGGAGGAAGAGGUGGCUGGCGGGGUGAGGAUAGGGAGGCCCGGACGUACGUCUUUGAGGUCAAGCAGGAAGACCAUGCCGUGCGUAUGGGGAGCUCUACUACCCACAAGAAGGACAUUGGUACAAGGAGAAAGAGAUUGAAAGGUGCGUCUGAUAGCGAGGGCAGCGACUAA